AUGGACAUAGAGCCGCAGUUCCGCGCGCAGCAGUACCACGCGCCGCGCCAAGACCCGCCCAACGUCGUUAGCGUUGCUGACGCCACCAUGGAUGAAGUCGGCAGCCCGGACCGCAUGCCCCGCCGCUCCCCCCUGCAGCCCUCACCAGACCACUACGCUCGCUCGUCUCCGACCGCUUGCGAGCCGCACGUUCCGUCCAACGCAGGCAGCUAUGACCCCCGAAGCGGUUACCAAGUUACUCCUAGUAGGACCGCGUCGCCUCCCAGGCGGGACUCGAAUUCCCUCUUUUCUCGCCGAAACCGCGGAGCGCUCAGUCCACUGACCACGUUUCAAUCCCCUUCCACCUCCGCCCAAGCUUCGUCCGCUUCCGCCGCUCCGCUGAAUCUAGAAUCCGCCGCGCAAGGCGGCUUUGCCCCUGCCAAUGGGGCGCGGAGCUCCCGUUCCCCCUCCCCCCGCUUUUUCCAGCCCGCUACAGGCACCGACUCCCCGACAAUCUCCCCCGACCAUCCCCGCACCGGACUGUACCUGGGACCCGCGCCACGGAAUUCCCCGCGCGGAACGGCGGGCGGCGGAAUGCCGUCCGCUCAACGUGCGGGUUCGCCAGCUGGUGUGGCGGGCGGCGCUGGGACUGGCGCGGGGCUUCAAGUGAACCCGUUCAUCCUGGCGCACGGGGGCUGUCCGCGGUCCCCCAUGCGCUCCCGCCAACAGCUUUCCGCGCAUGGUGGCUCGCAGCGCGCAAUUGCGCCAUCUCCGCUUUCCGAGCUGCUUAGCGCGGGAGGUUCGAAUCGAAUGGAUAUCCAGCCUGGCUCGCUAGAAGCAGACUCGUUACAGAUACAGAUUCCGAAGGAUCACAAGCCUCUGUCGCAGCAGCAUUUUACAAAUGACGGUCGAUCGCAACACGGGCAGCAGAGGGAGGAACUCCUGCAAGAGAGCGACUCGUGCUUGGAGCAGCAGUUCCAGCAGCCGUCACAGCAGCAAGCGCGGCAGCUUUAUUCCCAGCAGAGCGUGCCGUCCGCCGUGCCGUCCUCCGUGCCGCCCCAUCGGUCUCCACGAUCGUCGUCACUCGACAGCUACGACCACGUCAUCGCGUCGCACGCGCCCGUCGCGUAUCGCGCGCAGCUGCCCUCCCCCAAGCAACUCUCCGCGCCUCUCAACCCGCACGCGUCGCAAACUACUCCGCCGCGGAGCGGCGCGCCAGGCCACAUUUCCCCCUCGCGCGGGGGCGCGGGGCCGCCGAGCGCCUGCGCGCCCAUCGCCACCCCCCGGCCGGUCCGCCCGGCCCAUCGGCGCACAGCCUCCGCUUCCGCCGCCUCCGCGCUCCUCCAGCACAACUUCUCCGCCGACAUGCUCGAGGGCAGCUCCUCCCCGCGCCCCGCUUUCUUCUCCCGCCCGCCCCCCUCCCCGCGCCACACACCCGCGCAGCCUAUUGCGCCAUCCGCCGCAGCGGCGCUCGUGGCCGCCGCUUCCGCGGGAAGCGGACCCGCGACGCCUCGGGGAGCCUCUCCGCGAAGGAGCUCUUCCCCCGCGGGAGUGCGCGCGGUGAACAGUGCGAGCCGCGCCGCACAGGACUUGCACGCGCGGCUGCUAGCUGCCGCUCAGAUGAUUGCCGACGGGGACACGGCGGGUGCAGCUGCUACAGCAGAAGCGGCAGCGGCUGUAGCGGCUGCGAUGCAGCAGCAGCAGCAGCAAUGGCAGGCGCAACAGCAGCAGCAGGCGCACCAGGCGCAGCAGCAGCAGCAGCAGGGAGGGGGGAAGCGGCAGGGCCGGGCAAUAGGGAUUUCGGAACUGCAGAUGGAGCGGGGGGGCGCGCAAGGAAGCUCCGCGCCAGACGGGAGUUUCCCGUUUAGGGGAAACUCCCCGCUGAGGCAAGCUGGCGGCGCAGCAGCGGUGGGGGUAGCGGGCCACGCGGAGAGGGCAGGGGGAGACGCGGCCGGAGCAGAAAUGCGCACAGGCGGAGCAGGCGCGGGGGGAGUCUCCCCCACCUCUGAGCGCGCGGAGCAGUUGAAGCGGCGGGGGAGCGCGAUGCUGGGGGAAGAGGAGAUGCGCGCCCUCUCGCACAUGUCCCUGGGGGGUCCCUCAGGGGGCGUUGCGCGUUCAGGUGGAAUUUCAGGUAGGCGCGCAGGCGCAGGUGACUUUGCAGGUUUCUCGGGUGCUGGUAACGGGGGAGCUAGUAUCGGGGAUGCGGGGGCGUGCAAUCGUCCUGUGAAGCAGCGGGUGUCCACAGGCCAUCGAUCCGCCUCCAGUGGCGUUGGCGGGGGUAGCGGCGGGGGGAGCGGCGGAGGCAGCGGCGGGGGGAGUGGUGAUUAUCCAUCCGCGCUUUCCGCCGCCGCAGCUGCUGCACUAGCCGCAGCUGGGGCUCCAGUGGGGAUUUCCCCAGGGGAAAUUACCCAAAUAGCCCAGAAAUGGAUGGAGCUGCAGGCGGGGGGGUGCCUGGGCGGGUACAUGCACAGUUCGCCCUCGCCUUCCGCCGCUGCUGCCGCCGCCGCUGCUGCUGCGGCCGCACGCGCUUCUGCGUCUGUCGCUGCUGCUGAUGUGGCGGCAGCAGCUCGCGCACAGAAAGCAGCAGCGGAAGCGGCGGCGGCGGCAGCAGCAGGAGGCGCAGGAGGCGCCUCGUUAGGCGGCGCCUCUCCCGUUUCCGCAACAGCAGCGCGAGCAGCAGCCAAUAGGAGAGCCGCACGUCAUCGCCGCACAGGCAGCGCGGAUUUCGUAUUGAACAACCCGGGGGAGGCGCUGAAGUCUGCAGGCCCCCUGCGCCAGACUCUCAAGCGCGCCAGCGCCAGCGGGAACACACAGCAGCAGGCUCGCCCGCAGCACCAGGUGGUUCCUCAGGUGUUUUCUCAGGUGGUGGCGCCACACCGCCAGCAGCAGGGGCGGCAGCUGAACGCUACACUGGGCGCUGGCAUGCGCAAGCCAGCAAGUUUUUCGGGCAACGUGGAGGAUGUUUUCGGGCAGUACGAGGGGUUGCCCCCACGAGACCAUGUUCUUAGGAAAGAGUAUGGGGAGAUUAAAGGCCUAUUUGUUCUGCAUAGUAAGGAGCUGGGCAGCGGGCAGUUUGGAAUCAUUCGGCCGUGCAUGGAGGUGGCGACCGGGCAGGUGUUUGCGUGCAAGACCAUCAACAAGAAAUGUAUUCAGACGAAGGAGGAUGCAGAGGACAUUCGCAAGGAGGUGGCGUGCCUCCCACUGCUGCUCUCUUUCUCACCCUCGUUCCCUCCUUCCCCCUUCCCCUGCUCCCUGUUUGCUGCCCUGCUCCCCGGUCACACCCGCCAGACGAAGGAGGACGCGGAGGACAUUCGCAAGGAGGUGGCGUGCCUCACACUGCUGCGCAACCACCCCACCAUCGUGACUCUCAAAGACACCGUGGAGGACGAGGAGGUACGAGGACCCCGUUCGUCGCACCCCCCUUUCUUCUCUCCCACCCUCCUCUCCCCUCCCCAGAACAUUCACGCAAGUAGCAAUUUCCUUAACGCUCCUCUCCUCACACCCUCCCCCCCUACCCGCAACCCACCCCUUCUCGUCCCCUUCUUUCCCCUUUCUCCCCCCCAUCAGAACAUCCACAUAGUGAUGGAGCUGUGUCAGGGCGGCGAUCUCUUCGACCGGGUGAGCAGCAGUGGGCGGCUGUCGGAGCAGAGUGCCGCCCGGCUGUGCAGAGCGCUGGUGGAGGCGCUGCUGCACUGCCACUGCCACGGCAUCCUGCACCGCGACAUCAAGCCCGAAAACAUCCUGCUCUGCGACCGGUCGGAGGAUUCAAGGAUCAAGCUCGUUGACUUUGGGGUGGCCACCUUCUUUGACCCCGGCAAGCGGCUGACAGAGGUGCUGGGCACGCCCAAGCACAUGGCGCCAGAGGUGCUUUUCCUUAACCUUGUUGUUCCCCCGCUUUUCUGCGAUCUGCUGCAUUCUCCCGCAGGCAAGCGGCUGACGGAGAUGCUGGGCACGCCCGAGUACAUGGCGCCAGAGGUGCUGCUGCAGUCCUACGGCCCCGAGGCCGACAUCUGGUCGGCGGGCGUCGUCUUAUACAUCCUGCUGUGCGGCGUGCCGCCCUUCUGGGCGUCGUCGCGCAAGUGCGUGGCGGAGGCGAUUCUCAAGGGAUCCGUGAGCUUUAAGUCUGCUAAGUGGGCGAAUGCGAGCGAGGAGUGCAAGGACCUUGUAAGGAGGAUGCUUACAAAGGAUCCACGGGAGAGAAUAACGGCACUGGAAAUCCUGGGUGAGUGCGAGGGUGGGGCGGGAGAGUGGAAGGCGGAAAUGACAGGCGCCGGGCGGCAUGAGUCUCGGUAA